AUGUCUGGUCUCAACGCUGGUGACGCUUUCCCCUCUGACGUCGUCUUCUCCUACAUCCCCUGGUCCGAGGACAAGGGCGAGAUCACCUCCUGCGGUAUCCCCAUCAACUACCACGCCUCCAAGGAGUGGGCCGACAAGAAGGUCAUCCUCUUCGCCCUCCCCGGUGCCUUCACUCCCGUCUGCUCUGCCAACCACGUCCCCGAGUACAUUGAAAAGCUCCCUGAGAUCCGCAAGAAGGGUGUCGACGUUGUUGCCGUCCUUGCCUACAACGAUGCCUUCGUCAUGAGCGCCUGGGGUAAGGCCAACCAGGUCACCAACGACGACAUCCUCUUCCUCUCCGACCCCCAGGCCAAGUUCUCCAAGAGCAUUGGCUGGGCUGACGACGAGGGCCGCACUGGCCGUUACGCCAUCGUCAUUGACCACGGCAAGGUCACCUACGCUGCUCGUGAGCCCGCCAUGAACCACCUUGAGUUCUCCCGUGCCGAGCACGUCCUCAACCAGCUGUAA